AUGGUGCACACUUUAAACUCAUGCACUGGCGGUGGUGCCUCCCCGUGUGGGGUGGCUGUGCCACAGCCCAUUGCCGACAGCUGCAACGAGCCCUGUGUUCGGCAGUGUCCUGACUCCAGGGUGGUGAUUUACCCUCCGCCGGUGGUUGUGACCUUCCCCGGACCGAUCCUCAGCACCUUCCCGCAGCACAGCGUCGUGGGAUCUGAAGGAGCCCCUGAAGUCGGAACUGGCUUUAGUGCUGCCCGUACUCCUGGGGCCUCUCAUGUUUAUGGUGGUGCCAGAUGGGGACGGGGAUACCCGGUUGGAAGCUGUAGACCGUGUUAA